UAACACUGACAUAGUUCCUUAGAGGGUGUCUGACCAGUGCAGAGCAGACAAUCUGUUUGGACGUAGUUUUACCGUUUUCACGACUUUUUCUGUAACGUUACGUGGUCUGAAGUACACGUAGAGAUGAGUAUCUUGCUGGAAGUCGUGGCGACUGUUCGCCAUUACGCCGACGUCCCGACGUUUCUGGUGGCUGUGUGUGUGUGUCUGCUGACGUAUCUGUACCUUCAGCGGCCCAGGAACCUACCACCCGGACCCUGGGGGUGGCCGCUACUCGGGAACAUGCCCAUGUUAGCCAAGUCCGACUUUCUUCCCGCCACUUUCACGGAGCUGGCCACACAGUAUGGUGACGUCAUGACCAUUUGGACCGGCAGCGCGCCAAACAUCGUCCUCACUGGGUACGAGACUAUCCGCGCUGCCCUGGUCAAGAGAGCUGAGGAUUUCUCCAGUCGCAAAGCCCCACCAGCAAUGCUUGAUGUACGUGGAGAUGGCACGGCAAAUGGCACUAAAGGUGUCAUCUUUGCCACCUAUGGACCACGCUGGAAACAGCGGCGCAAGUUCGCCCUGAUGACUCUCCGGGACUUCGGCUUCGGCAAGCGGAGUUUGGAGGGAAAAGUCACCGAAGAGGCCAACGCGCUAGUUCAGGAAGUCCUGUCGCAAAACGGACAACCGUUCGAUUUGAAAAUCAUGAUGCAAAACGCUGUUUCUAACGUCAUUUGUUCGAUUGUCUUUGGGGACCGAUUUGAAUACGGUGACCCUGACUUUCUGCGACUGAUUCGCCUGCUGAACGCCUUUGUGGAAGCAAAGCCUACAGUCCGCGAUCUUCUGACAAUGAUUCACCCCUUGUUUCGACACCUCCGCCACAUCGAAGCAUCAAGGGAAGGGAAAUCGGUGACGAUGAUUCGGGCUCUCCAAGAGUUCUGCGGUGAACAGAUCCAGAAGCACAGGGUGACCUUUGACGCAAACGACAUCCGGGACUUCAUCGACGCAUUUCUUCUGGAGCAGCAGAGGGCUGAGGAUGGACAGGCUAAGGAGAACUAUGCCGACAGGGAGCUGCAAGAGAUACUGGUCGACCUGUUUCUGGCCGGUACUGAGACCACCGCCACCACCACCCGCUGGGCCCUGCUGUACCUGAUGCUCAACCCAGACGUCCAGGAGAAGGUUCAUCAGGAGAUAGACUCGGUGCUGGGUCAGAGCGCGCCGUCCUACGCACAGCAGAACCUGCUGCCCUACACAGCAGCGACCCUAGCGGAAGCCAUGCGAAUGAAACCCAUCGUGCCCAUUGUUGUCCGCGCACCAUCCAGGGACACCACCCUCAAGGGCUACAACAUCCCACAGGAGGCCGGCAUUAUGGUCAACCUGUGGUCCGUGCACAUGGACCCUCAGCUGUUCCCGGAGCCGAACACUUUCCAACCCGAACGUUUCCUAGAUCAGGACGGAAACUUCGUCAAACACGAGGCAGUCAUGCCGUUUUCUACUGGCCACCGAGUAUGUCUUGGUGAACAGCUGGCCAAGAUGGAGCUCUUCAUGUUCUUCGUCUCCCUGAUGCAGCGUUUCACGUUCCAUCUGCCAGAGGGCGCACCUAAGCCUUCCAUGGUGGGGUCUAUCAGGCCGGGCGUUGCCAUCAAUGUGCCAUUCCCUUUUGAAUUGUGCGCCGUUCCACGUGGAUAACUUCAACGUCAAAGUUAGUGUAUGACUAAAGAUCUUUAUCAUACAUAUAUACCCACUGGCCACAACAAAACGAUAGUUAUAGAUACAUGUAUGAAUUGCCAGGCUACUUCUAGAAGCAAAAUCUUUUUAUCGCCGCUUUCUGAUGGUAAAAAUGUAACAACAGAUAUGCAAUCAAAGUUUUGUAUUAUCUCCUUAGAAUUAUGCAUUCUUCUGUAUUCAGCUCUCUAAGUAUUCAGCUACCACAAGUUUUACUUUGAAUUACUCAAUUUUAUUGUUUUUUUAG